AAAAGAUCGUCAUUCCCUGUAUAAGUAGCCAUUCAGUCUAAUAUAGAACAUAGAACAUAGCCCACCAAUGACUAUUCGAAUCCUUACCCUCUGUGGAUUCACCCAAAACUCCCACAUCUACUCCAAACAAAUUGGCGCUGUGCGCAAAGCUGUCAAGAAUGCCGAAUUCGUCUUCGUCGAUCCCCCCAUCGUCGUACAGAAAGCUGAUCUCCCAUGGAUCACCCCGGCCAAUCUUGAUCAAUUUGGCUCCAGUGCCAGCAUGGAUGCCGAGACCCAGACAGCUGAGACGACGCCUAGAGCAUGGUGGCUGAACUCUGACGAAUGGAAGACUUUCAGACGGUUUGAUGAAACUGUUGCUUAUCUUCACGAUUAUAUCGUGAAGAAUGGGCCUUUCGAUGGUGUCAUGGGUUUCUCGCAGGGCGCAGGUAUGGCGGCUCUUUUGGCCGCCAUGGUGGAGAAGCCUGGUAUUCAUCCCAAUUUUCCGGCUGAGCCUCCUAUUCCUAAGUUCAAGUUUGCUAUCUUCGUUGGCGGUUUCCUUCCGGGAUAUCGGCCCAAGAUCGAAUCCCACGACUUCACCAACUACUUCCCCUUACCGUCUAGUCUCGUUACCCUCCAUAUCUCCGGCAGAAACGAUACCCUCAUCACACCCGAAAGAAGUGAGAUAUUAAUGAAGCACUGUGAAAAUGCGAGAUUUGAACUUCACGAUGGUGGUCACUACACACCUUCCAAAGCGUCAUGGAGGCAUUUCUUGAACGCCUACAUUAAUUCUUUCGCUCCAGGUGGUAGCAACGGCGACCUGCCAUCCGUCGACUCUUACGGUCCGAACGGGCCUAAUGCUCCACCUACAGGCAAGGGUGGCAAGUCUGGAACCAACACCCCCAAAUCCAAGAGCGGAGCAAAUACGCCAAAGGUUGACCCCGAGACUGAAGAACCUCAGACCGAGUCCAAGUCGGUCGCGGCACUAUCAUCAUGAUUUAAUUUGAGGACCUCGAGUUACUACUCGGCUGUCCAUAUUUUUGUGUCUCCCAAUCUUUUGAUUGCCCUUAAAAACUGUGCUAGCGAAAGAACGAAGCGGACGAUCAGCCAGCAAUGUGGAUCAUAUCAGAUAUGUGGCAAGUGAUUAAUUCCUUAAUCCCAACUUCUUGUAAUCAACGAAGGGAGGCAGAAGCAUGCGUAUCGCUGCGCCCCAAGUAAGAUUUAUUGUCAUCUGCUUGAUCUCAGCAGCGGCAUAGUCAGUGAUCAAGUUUGGCUCCAGGAGGCAGACGCUACCCAUCAACCUUGUAAUUUCGGUCAUUCAACCCCCCACAGCUCCUUUCAUCUUCACCAGUUCGUGCUUUCUGGUCUGGCCAAGGUUCACAAGCUAUUUUGUUUCUGUCCGUCAACAAAAUGACUAAUCACGCUCUAGGAUCAAUUGUCGGGGUGCGUCGGUACCGGAAAAAUUGCUAGAUGGGGAAGAUUGUACCUUUGGGAAGUUGAAAUUGUAAAUAGAGCGAGGGCAAGGGUCAAAACUUCAUCUCGUCACUUAUGGGAAGUUGAAAGGGCUUCUACCAACACUAUUCUGUACUUACGUAAAUCCCAAAAUUUUCAGCUCUUCCAUUUAUUCUCAUCUACUUCAAAGUCUUACUCGCAACGAUGCCGGUGAUUCGAUCUCCGCAGCUGGGUUGCCGUCGGUGGCACCACCAAUGCUUUUUGAUUCCUUAGACGUAAGAGUCUGGCCGGACAUUAAUAACUACUGCGGCCUUGCUUAGAAUAUCCCGAGUCCGAGGAUUCAGGAUCAUAGUCAAUUUCUCGAAGCAACUUGAAGUGUAUGGUAUGAUGGUAAAGGCAAAAUCGGUUUUGUACCUAUUUGAUAAGCCGCAAGAAGAAUAAGGGAUCAAAAAUCAAACAAAAGGGAACUUCCAUCUUAUCUAGUUUCAUCUUCCGCCUGUGUUGCUUUCUUUGACGUCUCAUUACGAGACGCUCUUCUUCCAUCAGUGCCUGCAGGCUGAUAAGGCACUAUUAUUGUACAGCUUUGUCCCUCGCCAUUUCUUGUACUUUCUGGGGUAAAUCGCCCAUGUGAUCAUCUCUCAGCACUUGCUU